AUGGAAGCAGCAGGCGAACUGCAAGCGGCCUUGCAGUUCGUGGAGGCGAUCUCUGGCGGCGCUGCCGCAGCAGCAAACACCAGCAGCAGUGGCAGCAGCACUGACUGUGGAAACGGCAGCUCUCACACAGCCUUUUAUCAGGCGGCAGACGGACAGCCCGUCUUUCUUCAUCCGUUCUAUUACCAGCUGCUGCUCCACGAGGCUGGUGGGGAGCUUUCGCGGCUUCCACCCGUGCUGCUGAACGUCCCCCUUCUCUCGUUGCGGGGAGUACAGCAGCAGCAUCAGCGGCAGCAGCGCGCGCAGCAAAGGCCCUUGAAACUCGUAGAACAUCUUCCUAAAAACACAUCUGCCAAACUCGCGGAGGUUAACAUAGACGCUUGGUUGUCUUCGGAGACGCUCCAACAUUUUGAGGCGGACUUGCGGCGCAGGGAGCAACAGCGGAAGCAGCAGCGCCAGCGGCAGCAGCAGGGCGAAGCAGCAGCAGCGCGACGCGCGGCAGCAGCAGCAGCAGCAGCAGCACCGCCAGCCGCAAUGGCGGAGGAGCAGCAGGCGCCAGAGGACCUCUCGGCUUUUCCAUCGCUGCCGGGCGUAACGACGCCCGUAGCAAGAGCAACGGCAGGAGCCACAAGAGGAACAACAACGGCUCCAGAAAACGCAGCCAGUGCAGGGGGAGGGUUGUCUUUUGCUGGAGUUGUCGCGUUCCCCGCAGACUUCAGAGAAGCCACACUUGAGCAGAGACAGCAGUUGCAUUUUCCCUCUUUAGCUACUGCUGUGAGUGUUGCCGUAGUAGGUCCCAAACCCCGAAGGGCCAGAGCGGGGGCAGCAGGCGAUGGCGGAAACGCCAAAAGCAGCACCAGCAGCAGGAAAAAGUCUGGUGUGUACAAGGUGGCUUCUCUAGGUGAGUUUCUAGGGGCGACGCGAGCCUCACAAAACCCUACAUUGUGA